CUUCAAUCUCAAGGAUCAUCUUCGUCUCAUUAGAUCAUUGACGGAAGUGGUGAAGGUGUUUCCAUUAUGCGAAUAUGUUGGCUCGUUUCGAUUCUUAUCAAUACAUUCGCUCACAUGUGUCUGUACUGCGUGGUCGGAGAGAUUCUUAUAGCCAAAGGUGAAGGAAUAUUUUAUGCAGCGUAUAACUACACGUGGUACUUGAGGACGCCGAAUGAAGCCAAAAACUUGAUGCUUAUAAUGAUUCGCGCCGAAAGACCUCUGUAUAUUACCGCGGGCAAGAUAUUUCCCAUGACAUUGUCUAUGUUUUGCAGUGUAAGAUUUAAUAAAGACAUCAGCUGGUUACAUAUCCGUAUUGCUUGCUAAUCGAUAAUUCUUUGAUAAAUUGAUCAAAAACUCAAUGAGGACAUC